AACUUGUUACUCUUCCCAGGCAUCUCUUUCAAGACGCAACUUCUAUACGCCAUCGUCUUUUGCACUCGCUACCUGGACCUCUUCAUCCGCUUUGUGUCGAUUUAUAACACUCUCAUGAAGAUUUUCUUCAUUGGUUCGUCGUUUUAUAUCUUGUAUCUCAUGAAAGUUCAGUUCAAGGCCACUUGGGAUCCCAACCUCGACACUCUGCGCAUUGAAUACCUGCUCGGCCCAUGUGUCCUCUUGGCGAUCCUUUUCAACUACGAAUUUGUCCCAGUGGAGAUUCUGUGGGCAUUCUCUGUCUAUCUGGAAGCCGUUGCAAUCCUUCCUCAACUCUUCCAGCUAACUCGCACCGGGGAGGCCGAAACCAUCACGACUCACUACCUGUUCGCUCUUGGAGGCUAUCGCGCUCUCUAUCUUCUGAACUGGAUCUAUCGCUAUUUUGCCGAAAAUCACGUCGAAUGGAUUGUGGUCAUUGCCGGUCUCGUUCAGACAGGACUGUACGGGGACUUUUUCUAUGUCUAUGUUACCAGGGUCCUCCGAGGAAGAAAGUUCCAGCUCCCAGCCUAGAGUCAACAGUUAUCUUCAGUUGUCAGCUACAGACCGCUGAUCUUCUUGGGUUUGGUCCGCUUGCCUCCAAGACGAUUUUCCCCCUUACUUCACCCGUUAGCAACGGCGCAGCGGCUGCUUACCGUUUCUGUUGCCAGAGUUCCUUAUGCUUGAAUGCAUUCAUAUCUUUGAAAUAGGCGAUGCUCUGCUCUUUA